CUACCUUGAUGUGGAGAAAAAUGAAGACGGCACUCAUAUUUAUCUUUCUUUGGGGUCUCAGCAGUGCAUUUUAUAUAAAUCGUUUUCAGAGGAAAUGGAAAGGGGAUGAUUCUGACGAAAAAGGAGCAGUAAGAAAUAGAUAUAUCAACAACUUUUUCAGACAUGUGUACUUUCAGGCACCUUCAAAACAUAUAACUUACGCCAAGGCCGGUGAUUCUUCAGAGGAAAAUGAAGAUAGCUCUGAUGAGCAGGAGGAAUCAGUAGAUGCCGGCAAAAAUGCUGCAUCAGAGGAAACAGAAGGGAAUGGGGCAGAAGAGGAGGCGGACUCUGAAGGAGGCGAAGAGGAGAAUGGAGGAACCUCUGCUCCAGAGGUAGAAGAUAGUACUGCUAGCCAGAAUGAGACAACAACUGAUAAUGGAGAACAGUCAAGCACAGCCCAGGAGAGUAGCACUGAAGCGCAGCCUACUCAGGACACCAUUGCACUUGCAACUCAGCAACUCGAGGAAACAGCUGGCGUUCCCACUGAUCCCCCCAAGAGUAAUGAUUAUGAAAACCUAGGUACUGAGGAAGGUAGCAAUGGUGGUGUUGCAAGCACUGUACCUGUAUAUGAACCAGAGAAUAAUGGGUAUCAGUAUGAAAAUGGCUAUUAUUAUCAUGAGAAUGAAGUUGACCCCAGAGGAGUUAAAGGCGAUACCUACGGAAGGUAUGAAGAUGAUUAUCACUAUAGAAACCACCUGUAUCAGAUCUACGCUCAACAAUACCAUCAACAUUAUUAUCAGUAG